CGGACGUUUAUUAGAUGUGAUCAUCCCUCCCUCAUGUUUGUCUCGCCUUCACAUACUUGUCAUUCUCAGUUAGACUAGAUCCAUGCUGUGGACCGCAUGACGCGAAGUAUCAUAACAGGCCCUUUCGUGUCAGAACCAAAGCUAGAGUCAACUUCAAUCUCUGCUUUACGUUCGUAAUGGAUUCUUUUGGGUCCAGCAGCUCGACCUAUAGAAGACGAUCACCUCCUAUUUCUCAGCGACCGACCGCUCCUCCUAGUCCUGCUCCAGUACCAUCAUCUUCAUCGUUUCCACUCUCGUCCUCUACCUCUGCCUCUACCUCUACACCUACUCCUCCUCCUCCUCCUCCUCCUCCUUCUCAUAUUCCUCUCUACUCUGUGGAUCACCAAAACGGUACGACUCGACCAGGUCUCACACCGAGAAGUGGGGGUAGACCUAAAUCGUACCUCUAUCCUACUCCUUCCUACCCUCCCACUUCUGACCCUUACGAUCCUCACGCUUACGGACUUAACAACAAUACCAACAACAACAGCAUCAUGUCAGAUCCCGAGAUGGCCCCUAUGGCUCCUGGAGGAAAUGGGCAGAUUCAACAACCAAUCUCAUCAAGCUUACAUGGUCCCUACGCUUAUUCCACAACAUUACGUCGGCAACCUUCUGCGGACCAUGCAGGAUUCCAGACCUUUCCUCAUGCGUGGAACGGAGGAUCUUCUUCUAUACGAUCUUCGAGUCGUGGACCGGGACCGGGACCGGGACAAAGACGCGAUAGUGAUGGAUCGCAUCGAGGAAGAACGAAUGGUCAUACUAGGAUGGGCGAUGGAGAUUCCAAGGGGAUCAUUGGUCGGUUCAUUGGGUUUGGACGGAGAAUAUGGCGAGGGAGCGAAUAUGAACCGAUAAGAGAGGAAGAAGAAGAAGGUCGCGACUUGGUAGGAGGAAAGGAUAAGGAGACCCCAAGUGCGAUCUACGCGCACAAGACCAUAGAGCAAACAGUCCAGGAGCUAGGGACGCAUCCUACAGAUGGUCUGUCUAAUUCUGCGCUCUCGGGCUUAUUGGCACGAUACGGUCCAAACGAGUUUGAACUCCCGCCAUCUGAGCCGUUAUGGCUUAAAUUCGCCAAGGGCAUCUACGAGACCCCGCUCAUAUUGCUGUUAUUGGGCAGCAGUGCCGUCAGUGCACUCAUGGGUCAAUACGAUGACGCAGUGUGUGUCGUGUUGACCGUCAUCAUUGUCCUCACGGUCGGCUUUGUCCAGGAGCAGCGAUCGGAAAAGUCUUUGGAAGCCUUGAGCAAGCUCGUGCCACACUAUUGUCAUCUCAUUCGGAACGGUCAAGCUCAAUCUCCGCUCGCCAAUGCAUUGUUUCCCGGAGAUCUCGUCACAUUUUCCGUUGGUGAUCGAAUCCCGGCGGACAUCAGACUCAUCACCGCUGUCUCACUUGAGAUUGAUGAGUCUGCUCUGACGGGUGAGACCCGACCCGCUAGGAAAAAUACAGCAAUUUGCGAGCGAGGAGAAGGAGAAGAUACACACGGUGAAGGGGGAGGCAAAGCACUCGGCGAGAGACACUGUAUGGCUUUCAUGGGAACGCUGGUGCGGAGUGGACAUGGGUCUGGGAUCGUCGUGGGGACGGGGAAAGAUACGGAAUUUGGCGUCGUAUUCUCCAUGAUGCAGGAUGUUGAGGAGAAGCGAACACCACUUCAACUCAUGAUGGACGACUUGGCGAAACGUUUGUCGAUCUUCUCCUUCUUCGUGAUAGGGAUCAUAUUCUUGCUCGGCGUAAUGCAGAGUCGGGACUGGCUCGAAAUGUUCACCAUUGGAGUCUCACUCGCCGUUGCUGCCAUUCCAGAGGGAUUGCCUAUUGUCACUACGGUCACCUUGGCUCUCGGAGUCCUGCGCAUGUCUAAACGAAAGGCCAUUGUCAAGAAGCUGCCGACUGUGGAGGCUUUAGGCAGUGUCAGUGUCAUUUGUUCGGACAAGACGGGAACUCUGACGAAGAAUGAAAUGACUGUAACGCAUAUUUACGCUGUGGAUGACCUCGUUGACCUGGGGCCGCAUCUACAUCCAUCCUUUGGGCCUCGACAUCCUGAAUCGGAAACGCUCAACCCCUCUCCUGCCAUGCUCAAGUCUGCACUCAUAGGAAAUAUCUGUAACAAUGCGUUUCGGAACGAACAAGGCAUCAAUGUCGGACAAGCCACCGAAGUUGCCCUGCUCAAUGUAUUACCUCUCCUCGGGGCAGAGGAUGUUCGAAAGAAUUUUGAGCGUAAAGGCGAAAUCCCGUUCAGUUCUGAGACCAAGUACAUGAUGAUCACGGGUAGUCACAAUGGUGGUGCGGACAUGUGUUACCUUAAAGGAGCCGUGGAGGCGGUGAUCGCACGCUGUCGAUACUACUACGUGACCGAUUCCUCAACGCCAGCCUUGGACGCCUCUGUGCAGAAGACAGUCUUAGAUCGCGCCAAUCAAGUCAGUGCGAAAGGCCUGCGAGUGAUCGCCUUGGCAUAUGGCUUCCCGCCGAAGGAUCCCGCGGCCGAAGCGACAGACCUUGUCUUUGUCGGCUUUCAGGCUAUGAUGGACCCGCCUCGUCGAGGGGUUUCUCAUGCGAUCAGUGCGCUCCAUGGCGCCGGUGUCCAAGUCGUGAUGAUCACUGGGGAUGCCGAGCCGACGGCCAUUGCGAUCGCUCGUGAACUCGGACUCAAAGUCUCUCCCUCAUCUGGAUCGGCGAAUGCGCCUUUCGGCGCGAGUAGCUGUAUGCUUGGAAGCCAAUUGGAUCAGUUGUCGGAACGCGAGCUCAUCGAACGAGUGCCCUCCACCACUGUCUUCGCGCGGACGACACCCCGGCACAAGAUGGCCAUUGUCAAAGCGUGGCAAAUGCGCGGCGCGACGGUAGCGAUGACUGGAGAUGGAGUCAACGAUUCCCCAGCGUUGAAAAUGGCAGAUAUCGGCAUCUCGAUGGGCAAAUCAGGAACCGAUGUGGCAAAGGAAGCUGCCGAUGUGAUUCUCGUCAAUGAUGAUUUCUCGUCGAUCCUUCCAGCUGUCGAAGAAGGCAAAUCCAUCUUUUACAAUAUUCAAAAUUUCCUCUCGUUCCAAUUAUCGACCGCUGUGGCCGCGUUGACACUCAUCACCUUGUCGACCUUUCUCAAAUUGGCCAAUCCUCUCAACGCGAUGCAAAUCUUGUUUAUCAACAUUUUGAUGGAUGGACCGCCUGCUCAAGCGUUAGGCGUCGAUCCCGUCGACAAAGAGAUCAUGCGUCGACCUCCGAGACGGAAGGGCGUCAGCAUCAUCUCCAGAAGAUUAUUGAUGCGAGUGGGAUUCAGCGCUACAAUGAUUGUCCUCGGUACGCUCUAUGUCUUUGCACACGAGAUCAGCGAUGGAUCCAUGUCGAGAAGGGAUCAGACCAUGACAUUCACCGUAUUCGUCUUUCUCGAUCUCGUCUCGGCACUUCAAAAUCGAGGACUCACUUGCCCCCUCUUUCGUAAUCGCAUGCUCUUCCUCACCGUCUCCAUAUCGUUCAUCGCUCAAUUAGGUCUCAUUUACAUUUCACCACUUCAACAUAUAUUCCAAACGGAGGCUUUGAGCCUGAGAGAUUUACUCAUGUUAUUGGGUCUGGCAGCGACGAGCAUGGGCGCACAUGAAGGUAGGCGAUGGUGGGAGAGGAAAUUGGUAGAGUUGGAGAUUUUAGAAUCGACCGUGGGUGGGAUGGCGUAGCGAUUCAUAUCAUAUCAGUCACAAGGCGGCGGGCGGCGCAUAGGCAUACUUCAGGUAUCAAUCCAUCUCUCGCAUGAAAACAAAAUCUUGUCGGAAGCUUGAGGCGUGCAUUCUGUUUGUCACGUCGAGCCACUCAGAAUCAAUCUCGACUGUUCAAGACAAACUAUAAACAACUACACCAGUGCCCUUUGGACUUCACAGAGCCUCUUCAAGCGAUCGCAUU